CGUUGUUUGAAAAUGCUACUUCUCAGGUCUUUUGGUGAAUGCAACGAAUUGUGUUGUAUGUUAUCGUGAAUAUAAUGCCUCAACAAAUUACACUCAUCACCAAAGUUUGUAGCUGACUGCAAAGUAGAUUGUAUCUUGUGUAUCUAAAUAUUGCAGUUUUAGGUGAUACCAAAACAGAAUAAUAUGACUCAAGAAAAUGAAAAAAUGAAUCCUUGUGAUAUAGAUGAAGUAGAAGUCAGUUCGGAUACAUCUGAAAAGGAGGCCAAAGAAUCCAAAACACACGGAUCAUUAGAGAAUUUUGUGCCACAGAUAUACCGUGCUAAAUUCUUCGGAAAUACUUCCGUCUCUGAGCCUCGUGGUGAUUUUAUUUGCGAAAGCUCACUAGGAUUACUUAAAACUCAGUUGCUUACAUCAAAAUUACACAAGAAAAGAAUUAGGAUACGUGUAGACACCAGUGGAAUUAGUGUUAUUGGUUCACGAAAUUCGACAUUACAUCAUGUGCAUAAAUUUGAAAAUAUUACAUUUAUUUGGACUGACCCCUGUGAUUUACAAUCAUGUGGAAUUAUAGUUAAACAACCAUUAAUUGGGGAUAAUGUUCAUCAAUUUUAUGGUUAUAAACUUUAUCAAAAUACUCCGAAAUUGAUUGGUGUGUUAAAGCACAUAUAUUCAAAUCUUGAGUUAUUACCGCCUAAUGAAGACAUAUUGAAUAAAUCAGAACAUUCUACGGACACCAGGAUUUUCGACACUACCGAGGAAAACAAUCCUGAUUUGAUUCAGCUAAUAGAUAUUAGUGACAACACUGUCUCACCACACCAAAAAAACGCUGACAAUGAAAAUAUUCAAAAACAAUACACAAGUAAUGGACACAACAUUCCGUACAAUAAAGAUGGUGAAAAAAACUGGAUAACUUUCGAUGAUCAUUUUGAAAACCAAGGGAUUAGCUGGGAAAACUCUACACCUAAAAAUCUAAUGUCUCAAAAUUUUCAUAAUCAACCAUUUGGUAACAAUGAUCUACAUUUCUUCUCACAAAUCAAUAUGAAUAAUCAAAUGUCCAAACAUAAUUCUAGUCCAUUUAUGGAAAUGACUAAAUGUACAACACAAAACACUCCGUAUUUAAAGUCAUAUUCAACAACAGCUAAUAUUUGGUCAAAUAUACCACCUGCUAUUCAAACCACUAAAAUAUCCCCAAUGGAUGAUAAUUUGUGUAGCUGGACAACAACACAGCAUAUCCAAACUAAGCCAAAUAAUGUGUAUACUAAUAAUAAAAAUGUUACCAAUAAUCCAUUUUAUAAUUUACCAGUUGGUGACACUCAUUUAAAUGUAAAACAAACUUCUCCACUUGAUACAAUAUUUGAUAUAAAAUUAUUUAACUGAAAACACAACCUUUACUAAUUUCUCAUUAUUAUAUAUUCUUUUUGUUGUUUAUCCAUCUGACAGUAAAAAAACAAUCACAUUUAGCAACUCCUCAUUUUGAUUUAUUUUUUUUCGACGUAAUGUGUCUUGGUCAACGAUUUUUCUUCAUUGUGAUUUUUCUUUUUUGAAGAAACACUUUACAAUUGGACACGAGGUUAUAUUUUCUAAUGUGUAUCGUUGAAAACCCGAAUGUAUUUACUGAAUCUUUGACUGAUAACUUUGUCACACUGACAAUAAACUUAUCUUUCACACCAAUCUGAUCAGUCGAUUUGUUUUCAGAUUUAUAUAGAAUGAUUAGUGAUUAAAGUCCUAAUACACAUCAGUAAGUGAUAUUUGUUCAAUUAUCUGAUUGUUACUACUUUUAAAGCUCUUUUCAUAUGUAACUUAUUUCACAGAUUUAUUUUUUUUAAAAAAACCUGAUAUAAUUUAAUUGGUUGAGAUCACGAAUUAAUUGAUGUUAGACCACCGUUGGAAACCUGGAAGCACUGGACGACCG